UAAGUCCGAAAUUGCAGAUCCACUCCAUGUAAAUCUUUGCUUCGUUUCUUUCUUACGAUACAAAUCAAAUUAGUUAUUCCUGUGCAUUAAUUUUGAUCAAACCAACAUGGACGACAUCGAAAUCCCUCGAUACUUCCUCUGCCCGAUCUCGCUCCAGAUCAUGAAAGACCCCGUCACCACCGUCACCGGCAUAACCUACGACCGUGAGAGCAUUGAACAGUGGCUCGUCACUGCCUCGCCGUCGGAAAAUGCUGUCUGUCCCGUCACGAAGCAGCCCUUGGCUCGGACCGCGGACCUGACCCCGAACCACAUGCUCCGGCGGCUGAUCCAGGCCUGGUGCACCACCAACGCCGUCGAUCGAAUUCCGACUCCGAAGUCUCCGCUCCACAGGUCUAUACUCCUCAAACUCAUCCGAGAGUUAAGGAAAAGUGAUCAAAGUGAUAGUUUCUUGCAUGUAAAUGCUCUCAAGAAACUGGACGAGCUCGCCGGCGAGACCAAGAACCACCAGUUGAUGGCGGAGGCCGGUGUGCCGAAAGCGGUGGCUCACUUUGUUCUGAGGUGUGUUAAAGAAGGUAGAUUCUCGGGUCUUGAGGAAGCGUUAAGAGUUCUCCAACGUACAUGGGCUCCGACGAGCGAGAACAAGAGGCUUCUGGAAGACAACAUGGAUUUCGUCAAAUCCAUGUGGUGGGUUCUGAGUAGCGACUUAGAGAAUGCUGUCAAAACCCAUGCGGCUAUAGUCUUGAAAAGCGUGUUAGAAGUUGCAAGUUUGGGUCUGAAAGAGAGGUUGGAGUUCGAUUUCUUCACACAAAUGGUGAAACUUCUACGUGCAAACACGAUUUCUCAACAGGGUGUAAGAGCCCUGCUCCACGUCCUGAUAGAAACGUGUCCUUGCGGGAGAAACAGAACCAAGAUAGUCGAAGCCGGAGCAGUUCUCGAGCUGAUCGAAAUGGAAUUAUGCAACCCGGAUAAGAAAACCACCGAGCUGAUAUUCUGCCUGUUGGCCCUCUUGUGUUCUUGCGCCGACGGCCGGCAGCAACUGCUGAAGCACGCCGGCGGGAUAGCGGUGGUGGCGAAGAGGCUGCUGAGAGUAUCCGCGGCGGUGGAUGAUCGGGCGCUGUGUAUAAUGGAGUCGAUUGCGCGAUUCUCCGCCACACGGGAGGUGGUUAUGGAGAUGUUGAGGGUGGGGGCGGUGUCGAAGCUGUGCAUGGUGCUGCAAGCGGAUUGCGCGAUCUAUUUGAAGAAGAAAGCGAGAGAGAUUUUGAGGUUGCAUUCGAAUUGUUGGAGCAAUUCGCCGUGUAUACAGGUUUAUCUGUUAACUAGGUAUGCUAGGUAGCACCUUCAAGAAAACAUUUCAUGCAUUCUCAUUUUUAUAUAAUUCAAGAAAUUUUGGCUCAAAUACAUUCUGAUGCCAAGUUAAUUACACGAUAUUACACUUGUUAUAUAAUUAAUUAUUUUUUAAAUAAUUAAUUAUAAAAUAAGUAUAAUAAUUUUUGUACUAUAAUUGUUGAAUACAAUACAAGCUUAAUUUGAGCAAUUUUGUUUUCAUUACAAGUAUGAUGUUCUGAUAUGCUCAAUUAUCAUAUCCAAAAAUAAAAAAUAGCAGUAAAUAGUAAUUAACUACAACUUUAUUAUGGUUAUGGGUUGUUGUUUGUGCAGAUGGGCCAAAACAUUAGUCAUGAUCUAUAUCAUGGUAAUCAAGGCAAAUGUUUUUACUAUAAUUAAGAAUUAUGAUAAAUAUUUUGGUCAAAAUUAAACA